CUGCUGUAUUCUCACUGUUCACACAGCUUCCACAUAGUUAUAUCAAUACAUCAAAGAUGGAGAGUUUGAGCCGUGCUAAUAGUGCCUUCGCGCUGGACCUGUAUCGGGCCAUAAGCGCUGAGAACCCGGAUGGAAACCUGUUCUUUUCCCCGCUGAGCGUCAGCGCCGCACUCAGUAUGGUCUACUUAGGAGCCCGAGGAACCACUGCUGAUGAAAUGGCUAAGGUUUUGUCGUUCAGUUCGAUCCCUGAUGUUCACACCCAUUUCAAGACCCUCAACUCUGCAAUUAACAGCCCCAAAGCCUCCUACAUCCUCCGACUGGCCAACAGGCUUUAUGGAGAGAAGACUUUCAGUUUCUCAUCUGAAUAUGUAAGCUCCACUCUGAAGUUGUAUCAAGCUGACAUGCAGGCGGUAGACUUCAUUGGGGCAUCAGAAGAGUCACGGAAGCUCAUCAACCACUGGGUGGAGGAGAAGACUGAGGGUAAAAUCAAAGAUAUUCUGCAGUCAGGGACGGUCACAGCGAUGACUCGACUUGCCUUGGUGAAUGCUAUUUAUUUCAAGGGAAAAUGGAAGAAUGUGUUUAAUACUGAACACACUAAAGAGAUGCCCUUCAAGAUAAAUCAGAAUGAGACAAAACCAGUGCAGAUGAUGUACCAGACAAAGAAAUUCCUCUUCAACUACGUUGAUGAGUACAGGCUGCAGGUGCUGGAUUUACCAUAUGUGGAGGAGGAACUCAGUAUGGUGGUGCUUUUGCCUCAGGAGUCUGAGGAUGGCUCAGACCCCCUUCAGAAGCUGGAGUGUGAACUAACGGUGGACAAACUGCUUGAGUGGACAAACCAAGAAAAGAUGGACAGGUGGACCGAUAUCAUCGUCCAUCUGCCAAAAUUCAAGCUGGAAGAGCAGUACUCUUUGAAAGAUAUUCUGAAUAAGAUGGGCAUGAGCUCUUUGUUCCAGGCCAGUGCUGCCGAUCUGACGGGCAUGAGUAGCAAAGGAGGCCUUUUUGUGUCGUCGGUAACCCACAAAGCUUUUGUGGAGGUAAAUGAGGAAGGCACAGAGGCAGCAGCAGCCACAGCUGUAAUGGUUAACUUUUGUAUGGCACGAGAGGAGCAUUUCAUGGCAGACCACCCCUUCCUCUUCUUCAUCAGACACAACCCCACUAAAAGCAUCCUCUUCUUUGGGAAGUACAGAGGCCCACAGUAGAGAUAUACUGUACAAUGCCAUGAAAAAUAAACCUUGUUUGAAAGUGUUUAUCAAUAAAAGAAAAUUGAUAAUACCCACAA